GUCUCUCUUGUUUCUAUAAAUCAAACCAAGAAGUCUGACAUGGAGGAGGUGAAAAAUGGACAUCCGCCAGAAGAAUUGCUCGAUCACUUAAAGCUUUCUGAUCAGAAGUCAGCAGAAAGCAGCAGCUCAUGGGCAUCUGGCCCCAAAGAUGCCCAGAAUCCUCCAAACAUGGAAAGUGGCGAUAUACCAUCUUCAGCCAAAGAUCCCACCACAGCAGAUGAGUGUUUCCAUGACUGUCGUGACUCCUUUGAGGUGAAAGAGCCUGUACUGGAUGAUGAGGGAAAUUCACAGAGUGAUGAGAAUAGCACAAGGAAGCAGACAGAGCUAGAUGAGGAAUACUUGCUAGAACUGGAAAAAGAUAUGCCAGAGGAAGAAAAACAGAAAAGAAGAAAGGAAAGCACAGCACUGAAGGAGAAAGGAAACGAACAGUUCAAGAGAGGAGAGUACGGAGAGGCAGAAGACUCUUACACAAAGGCUCUGCAAAUUUGUCCAGCCUGCUUCCAAAAAGAUAGGGCUGUUUUGUUUUCAAACAGAGCUGCUGCAAAAAUGAAACAGGACAAGACAGAAGCAGCCCUAAAUGACUGCAGCAAAGCAGUGGAAUUAGAUCCUAACUAUAUUAGAGCUUUGCUGAGAAGAGCAGAACUACAUGAAAAAACAGAAAAACUAGAUGAAGCUCUGGAAGAUUAUAAAGCAAUCCUAGAAAAAGACCCAUCAGUUCAUCAAGCCAGAGAAGCUUGUAUGCGAUUACCUAGACAAAUUGAAGAGCGGAAUGAAAAAUUAAAGAAAGAAAUGUUAGGCAAACUGAAAGAUCUUGGGAAUUUGGUUCUCCGCCCCUUUGGCCUGUCAACAGAAAAUUUCCAGAUAAAACAGGAUUCAUCAACUGGCUCAUAUUCCAUCAAUUUUGUUCAAAAUCCAAACAACAAUAGAUAACAUGAAUUCAGCCUAGUUCUGCUGGCUUUCAGGCUUCGUGACCAUGUGCUUGCACGUACCAAUACAAGGAUUCAGCAAACAUUCUUCACUCUGUCCAAGUGAAGAUAGACUCAAGCAAGUUCAUUUCCCUGCUUAUAAAUUAUUUACAACGUGAAUGUAAAGAAAGUCAUUUGACUUCUUUUAGUGGUAACUAUGUCCUGUGUGUGAUUCUUCACUUGCAGUAUUUGGCUUGUCCACCAGUCAGGUACAUUAUUUUGGCCCAUUCAAUGCUGGUGAGAAAAUUCUAGCGAGCAGUUCAGUUGAAUCAAAAUGCCCAUGCACCUGUGGCCAAGAACAAAGCCAAAUGGUGUCUUGGGGAAUUAAUGAAUCUAGCAGAAGCACUUCUCCACAUUCAGGAGGUGGGUGUGACUGACAGCAUGCAUGGAAGCAAAUUGACCUCCUCUGUGGAAUAUUUUUUCUUGGUAAUAAAGGCUUAGUAUUUCUGUUGGAUUGAAUGUGAAGUUCUUGCCUUGUGUGAAUCCUUUCCAUGGUGGCAGUGUGGUUUAAAAUUCUUACGUCUACCCACAAAUAACAUACUUACAAGACAGUAAUUUGAUGCACUUGAGGUGGUUUUUCUUCUUGCUUAUAGCAACAUCAGUACAUUAUCCUCAGGCUACCCUUUGUUUACUUUUUAUUUAUUUUUAUUUUUUAUUUAUUUUCUUUUGAAGAUGCUACAGAAGCUGUGUGAUAUUACGUAUACACCUUGGAAAGGUCAUAUAAAGUUAGGGAAAUCUGCUUCUCUGAGACUUAUUCAUGUUACAGAUCCUCAUAAUGGCCAACAAUUGACAUUGAAAUUGAUUGCAAAAGUUCCUUGUGAUGUAACACGCUUUGAGAAUGCUGAAGCAUUAAUUCAUAGAGAGUUAUUAAAAAAAAAAAGUAUUUUUCAAGUAGCUCAUUUGGAUUUUGGAGAAUGAAUAUCUUUUGUAAUUACUGCAUACUGUUGGUUUUUUUAAUCAAUGUGGAAAUGUUUACAUUGGAGGCAGACUUCUUCAGUUGUCUCCACACAGAUUUCAAAACAUGAUUUAAUUAAAUAAUUACUGGUA